AUGGCGACUUUUAUUUCUGUCCCGUUGAAAAAGUCCUCAGAGGUGGACUUAGCGAAACCGUUGUUGAAAUUUGUAACUGCCACGUAUCCUCCCGGUGAGGAGCAGGCGGAGUAUGUCCGUGCCGUGGAAGAGCUCAACAAGCUCCGCAAAAGUGCUCUGGGGAGGCCGCUGGACAAACACGAGAGCUCGCUGGAAAUCCUGCUUCGAUAUUAUGAUCAGCUCUGUGCAAUCGAACCCAAAUUUCCUUUUCCAGAGUUGUGUCUGACAUUCACUUGGAAAGAUGCUUUUGAUAAAGGAUCACUUUUUGGAGGAUCAGUAAAGCUUGCAUUGGCAAGUGUGGGCUAUGAGAAGACGUGCGUGUUGUUUAAUGUCGGUGCGCUGGCGAGUCAGAUUGCUUCUGAGCAGAAUCUCGACAAUGACGAAGGACUUAAGACUGCCGCCAAGUUCUACCAGCUGGCGAGUGGUGCAUUUGCUCAUAUAAAGGACACUGUGCUGUCUGCACUGAAUCGAGAGCCCACCAUGGACAUCUCCCCCGAGACGGUGGGCACGCUCAGUCAGAUCAUGCUCAGCCAGGCACAGGAGGUCUUCGUUCUCAAGGCCACUGCUGAUAAGAUGAAGGACGCCAUUGUCGCUAAACUCGCCAACCAGGCAGCAGAUUACUACGGCGACGCUUUUAAGCAAUGUCAAUACAAAGAGAAUCUGCCCAAGUAUUUUUAUUUCCAGGAAGUGCUUCCAGUCCUGGCCGCCAAGCACUGUAUGAUGCAGGCCACCGCCGAGCUGCACCAGUCAGCCUUGGCCAAUCAGAAGAAAAAGUUCGGAGAGGAGAUUGCUCGGCUGCAGCACGCCACAGAGCUGGUGAAGACUGCGGCUUCCAGAUACGAUGAGUACGUUAACGUAAAGGAUCUGUCAGAUAAGAUCAGUCGUGCGCUCACGGCUGCAAAGAAGGACAACGAUUUCAUUUACCAUGAUCGUGUGCCGGAGGUCAAAGACCUGGAGCACAUUGGCAAAGCAUCUCUGGUCAAAGCAACUGCAGUGCAGAUUCCACUCAGCCAGAAGUUCACAGAUCUGUUUGAGAAGAUGGUGCCGAUGGCAGUUCAGCAGUCAGUGAGCGCAGCCAAUUCCAGGAAGGCUGACACAGUCAACAGAUUGAUUGGCAGCAUGAGAGAAGCAACAAAUCUCUGCAAUGGGGUGUUGGCGUCUUUGAAUCUGCCGGCUGCACUAGAAGAUCUGUCAGGAGACGCUGUGCCUCAGUCCAUCCUGGAUAAGAGUCGUGCAGUUAUUCAGCACGGAGGCCUGCAGAGCAUCGAACAGCUGAUUCGAGAUCUCCCUGAACUUCUGCAGAGGAACCGUGAGAUCCUGGAUGAGUCCUUGAAGAUAUUAGAUGAAGAGGAAACGACAGACAAUGAACUCAGAGCUAAAUUCAAUCAGCGCUGGAACAGAACUCCCUCUGGAGAUCUGUAUAAAUCACUCAGAGCAGAGGGAAAUAAUUUUUGCAAUAUACUGGACAAGGCAGUGCAGGCUGAUCAGGUGGUGAAAGGGCGUUACAAUGAACAUUGUGGGAUGAUUGCUUUGCUCUGCAAGCCAGAGAAUGAGAUCAGUGCCGCCAUACCGUCUGCCAACCCUGCCAAGACUCUGCAGGGCAGUGAGGUGGUGAACGUGCUGAGAGCUCAGCUGGCACAGCUGGAUGAGGUGAAGAGGGAACGGGAAGUUCUGGAGGGAGAGGUGAAGGCGGUGACCUUUGACCUGACGACAAAGUUCCUUACCGCACUCGCUCAAGAUGGUGCCAUUAACGAGGAGGCCAUGACCACCAAUGAGCUGGACACUCGCUACGGCUCUCACACACAACGUGUUCAGCAGAACUUGCGCCGACAGGAGGAACUGCUGUCACAGAUACAGGUGUCUCACCAGGAGUUUUCAGCAUUGAAGCAAUCCAACUCUGAGGCUAAUAGCAGAGAGGAGGUGUUAAAGAAGCUUGCUGCGGCCCAUGAUAGCUACAUCGAGAUCAGCUCCAAUACCAAAGAGGGCACUAAAUUCUACAAUGAUCUGACAGAAAUCCUGCUGAAGUUUCAAAAUAAGUGCAGCGACAUUGUCUUCGCUCGCAAAACUGAGAGGGAUGAACUGCUUAAGGAGCUGCAGCAGAGCAUCGCUCGUGAGCCGAGCGCUCCUUCAUUCAACGUCCCAUCAUACCAGUCCAACACCCCUGCUCCUGUCCCAGGAGGCCCAACCCCUGCACCCAGGACUGUGUUUAACGCGCAGCAGCCUCAGGCUAAGCCCCAGCCCCCAGCGAGACCACCGCCCCCGAGCAUCACUCCUCAGGCUGCCAGUGCUUCAGCUCCAGUCAGUUCUCCGAUGGGUCCCGGCAGCACUAAUCCUCCACCUGUUGCACCCACUGGACCCUCACAGGCUCAAGGACCACCCUAUCCCUCUUAUCAAGGCUACCCAGGGUAUCCAGGUUACCAGAUGCCAAUGGCCUAUAACCCCUAUGCAUACGGGCAGUUUAAUAUGCCCUACAUGCCCUAUCAAGCCCAGGGGCAGGCUGGGUACCCUGGAGCCCCUCCUACACAGCAGCCCUACCCUUACCCCCAACAACCCCCACAGCAGCAGCCCUAUUACCCCCAGCAGUAGAGCACUUUAACCCGCUACUACCGCCACUCACUCUCACUGCUCUUAACUAUUAACACUCCUGCACUCACACGCUCUGCUCUUAACAUCUGGCAUGAUCUGGGCGGGGCUUUGAACACAGGCCCCGCCCCUUCUCUGUGGGUGGACCUUCAAGGCCAGGGUUGUGCUGGUCGAGGGAAGAUCUGUUCUCUCUCUCUCUCACUCUCUCUCUCUCUCUCUGUCUUGCCCUCUAGCCCAAAGUGAAGCUGCUGGCUGUCUGCCACUGCUAAUAUCUUAUUUUUGUAAUGAAUACUGACAUAUAAUCUAAUGCAAGAGCUGUUGAUUUCUUUCCUUGAUGAUGAUGAUCAUUUAAUUGCUGGGAGAAAGACGUGGUCUUACUGUAACCCUUGUUAUACCUCCUUCUGUUCAGUCUACAAUCAUCGCCCGGGGAAAAGAACAGUUAUACAGAAUAGAGAAUGAGUUUGUCACUAAAAAAUAAUUCGUUUUUGUGUUUCUAUUGUUUUCAUGUGAUUAAAAUCGCUGAUAUUAAAGGCUGUCUUUUUAUUUCCUCUCUGUG